AUGAAACGGUUUUGCAAACUCCUGAAGAAAGUGAUUCCUCUUGUCUGUUUGUGCUCAUGGAGUCUGGCUGGUGUGUUUAGUGAUGAAGUGAAGUCAGUGUUGGUGAUGGAGGGAGAUUCUGUCACUCUAAACACUGAUGAUACUGAUAUACAGAAAGAUGAUAAGAUAUUCUGGAGAUUGGGAAAUGACAUUCUCAUCGCUCAGAUCAACAGAAAGAACAAUGAGAGCAAGUUUUAUAAUGAUAAUGCUGACAGUAGAUUCAGAGACAGACUGAAGCUGGAUCAUCAGACUGGAUCUCUGACCAUCAGGAACAUCACAAACACAGACUCUGGACUUUAUAAAGUAACCACCACCAGCACACAGACGCCGCUCAAAACAUUCAAUCUUACUGUCUAUGAUCGUCUGUCUGUUCCUGUCAUCAGCAGAGACUCUUCAUCCUCCUCCUCAUCCUCAGAGCAGAGUUGUUCAUUGCUGUGUUCAGCUGUGAAUGUGGGUCAUGUGACUCUCUCCUGGUACAAAGGAAACAGUUUAUUGUCCAGCAUCAGUGUGUCUGAUCUCAACAUCAGUCUCUCUCUACCUCUGGAGGUGGAAUAUCAGGAUAAAAACAGCGACAGCUGUGUGCUCAACAAUCCCAUCAGCAACCAGACUCAACACCUGGACAUCACUCAGCUCUGUCACACAUGUGCAGGUACAGCAGUGUAA